AUGGCGUCUGAGAGUAUCCUCAUGGGCUGUAUCUAUACCCUGAUGGCGUCUGAGUGUAUCCUCAUGGCGUGUAUCUGUACCCUGAUGGCGUCUGAGUGUACCCUCAGUAGGUGUAUCUGUACCCUGAUGGCGUCUGAGUGUACCCUCAUGGUGUGUUUCCGUACCCUAAUGGCAUCUGAGUGUAUCCUCAUGGCGUGUAUCAAUACACUGAUGGCGUCUCAGUGCACCGUCAUGGUGUGUAUCUGUACCCUGAUGGCGUCUGAGUGUACCCUCAGUGGGUGUAUCUGUACCCUGGUUGCGUCUGAGUGUACCCUCAUGGUGUGUUUCCGUACCCUAAUGGAAUCUGAGUGUAUCCUCAAGGCGUGCAUCAAUACCCUGAUGGCGUCUGAGUGUAUCCUUAUGGCGUGUAUCUGUACCCUGAUGGCAUCUGAGUGUAUCCUCAUGGUGUGUAUCUGUACCCUGAUGGCGUCUGAGUGUAUCCUCAUGGUUUGUAUCUGUACCCUGAUGGCGUCUCAGUGUAUCCUCAUGGCGUGUAUCUGUACCCUGAUGGCGUGUAUCUGUACCCUGAUGGCGUCUGAGUGUAUCUUCAUGGUGUGUAUCUGUACCUAA